AGAGAAGCAGAAGAAAGGCCGGGAAAGCUACCAUGGACGCCUUCCCCUUCCACGAGGACGACCAUCACGACAUCCACAGCUGGGCCUUCUCGCCGCUGGCCGACACCCUCGACCUCCUGGAAUGCCUCCGUAGCCCGCUCGUGCUGUCAACGCCGGCCGUGCCACCGCCGCAGUCCGCCUUCGUCCGGUACAAAGCGUGCGAUGGUGCGGCCAUGUCGGCGGGUUCUGGUAGUAUGGGUGGCGGCGCUUCAAAUAUCCACCGGAGAAUGAUCCAGUUUUGGCAGACCGUCGUCAUGGGCGUCAGGAUGGAGAGCUGUAAGGAGAAGACGGCAGGGAACAGCCGCGAGCUUCGGCAUCUGAUGAAGGAGAGACGGAGAAGGGAGAGGCUGAGCCAGGGGUUCGCUGACCUCCGCUUCAUGCUAUCUCACGGAUCAAAGGGUGACAAGAUCUCCGUUGUUCGAGCAGCUUGGGAGAACGUGAAGGAGCUGCAGCAAGCAAGGGAGAAGCUACGGAGACGCAACAAGGAGCUCGAGGUGAUGAUAUCUGGGAACGUGAUGGAAGCAGAAGAAACGGCGAUCAAAGUGCAACCCGAGAGUCGUUCGUCGUCGUUCGAUUCAGUGUUCUCCGCUCUACAUCGCCUGAAGCAGACGGGAGUGAAGGCCACCACCAUCAGCGCCAGCUUCUCCGGCCGGGUUUUGUCGGUGGAAGUGGCUACUGAAACGAAGGUAGAACAUUUCUCGAUGGUUGUGUAAUCCAAUCAUCACGAACAGACAUUGAUUGGUUUGUUUGCGUGGUGAAGGUGGCAGGAGAUGAAGUGAAGGGAGCCAUGAAUGCUUCUUUGGCUGAAGUGGAGUAGGAGCACUGCAUUGUCUUAGUGAUAGAUUUAAAGUUUGUCAAGAUAAUUGCACUCUAUCUUUGGCUUUCCUCAAAGACAAAUCAUUUGUUGUUUGAAUCAUACA